CCGUACUGCAGCCUGUUGUAUUAGAAGGAGGCGUGUGGCUACGCUGCGGUCCCGUCGCUUCAGACAGCCGAAGAUAAACCCGAGUGUGUGUUGGCGAUCAGUAAAGCAGCAGCCGUGCCCCGCCGCGCCCCCACCCCUAGCGGAGCCGUCAUGUGGCAGGAGGCCCGCAAACACGAGCGCAAGCUCCGUGGCAUGAUGGUAGACUACAAGCGGCGAGGCGAGCGCCGGCGAGAGUACUACGAGAAGAUAAAAAAAGAUCCUGCACAGUUUCUUCAAGUUCAUGGUCGAGCCUACAAGAUCCACCUGGAUCCAGCUGUGGCACUGGCUGCAGAGCGCCCUGCAAACAUGAUGCCUUGGCAAGGAGAUGCCAACAACAUGAUUGACAGAUUUGAUGUAAGGGCUCACCUGGAUUACAUCCCCACCUACACACCACCUCUGCUCAACACAUCCACUCCAGAGCAGGAGAUGGAGGAGAGGAAGUGUAACUAUGAGCGGUACAGAGGCCUAGUGCAGAAUGACUUUGCAAACAGUGAGUAGCAGUGUUUAUACCAGAUCUACCUGGAUGAGCUCUACGGUGGUCUGCCCAAACCAAAUGAGGAUGAGAAGAAAAAACUGGCUGAGAAAAAGGCCACCAUUGGUUACACGUACGAAGACAGCACUGUAACGGAGCCUGAGCCCCAGUCAGACAAAGAUGAAGAGAAUUCAGACAACAGUGAAUCUGAAGAUGACGAAGGCAUCCCAGAGAUUGGUGAGGAUGUAUGUGGAGGUGAUGUUGAUGAGCUGAACCAGGAGCAGGUGAUGGACUUGAACAAAAUGGCGACGCCGUAUGGAAUGGCUGAAGGCGACUUUGUCAGGAUGCUGAGGAAAGAUAAGGAGGAAGUGGAGGCCAUCAAACAUGCCAAAGCACUGGAGGCGGAGAAGGCCAUGUACUCUGGCCGCCGCUCUCGUAGACAGAGGAGGGAGUUUAGAGGGAGAAGAGCUAAAGGAAGACAAAUCAGCCCGCCAAGCUACGCCAGGAGAGACAGUCCAACAUAUGAUCCCUAUAAAAGGCCAGAGUCAGAAUCCAGCUCCGAGUCACGGUCGCGCUCCCGUUCUCCUGGUCCAGAGAAGAUCACCUUCAUCACCAGCUUCGGCGGCAGCGACGAGAAGCUUGGCAACACCGCAACAGCCGCUCCUCACUCUGGCCACGCCCCCUCCAACUCGCAGCACUCUGCAGGUCAUAGCAGGGGCUCCCGACGAAGAUCAUCCACCAGCCACUCCCCUUCCUCCUCCUCACGCUCCUCAUCUCGGUCCUCCUCUCGUUCAUCCUCACGUUCACGCCGAGCCCGACGAGGACGUGGGGGGAGGGAUGGCCGUCGAUCCCGGAGCCGCUCACGGUCAAGGCGGCGUUCCAAGUCUUACUCCCGAGGUAGAGGAGGGAACGGAGGAUCCUGGAGGAGACGUGACCGGUCGCGGUCCAAUGACAGAGACAGAGAGCGGGAGAGGGACAGGGACCGAGACAGAGACCGGGACAGGGAUAGAAGACGAUACUCGGCACGUAGAAGAACAAGGUCCCGCUCCAGCUCGCGGCAGGGGCAGCAGUUGAGGCGAGGGGGUCGGAGCAGUGGAGGACACCGCCGCGGAGACAGUGGCAGCCGCAGUCCCUCUCGGACCCCCAGCCGCCUUCACCGCAGUCCAUCCCCUGCUCACAGAGGGGCCCAGCCUGCUACCAUUGCAAUCUCUGACAAGUUAAGAAAGCCUGACACUUCGGGUGGUAAAGAGACGGGAGCUGCCAAACCCAAGAUGACCCCACAGGAGCGGCUGAAGCUACGAAUGCAAAAGGCUCUCAACAAGCAGUCCAAGGCGGAUAAGAAAGCCGCUCAGGUGAAGAUCCAGCAGCAGGAACACACACGACAGGAACGAGAAGGCGAACUGCGAGCCAUGGCACGCAAGAUACGCAUGAAGGAGCGCGAGCGCCGUGAGAAAGAGAGGGACGAAUGGGAAAGACAAUACGGGCGACAGAGCCACUCGCCUUCUCCUUCCAAAUAUGGCCGAGAAUACAACUCAUACAGAAGGAGGUCACGGUCUCGGUCGCGGAGUCCAUACUACAGAUAUUGAGCCGAUGGCAGGGAGAAGCAAUGGAUCCUGCAGAACCUUCAGUACGUCAGUUUAGAGCACAUAGGAAGCCUACAUACAACAUGGAAAUAUGAAGAAAUGACUGGCUAAUAAACCAACACACAAAUCUAUACCUGUGUUCUCUGGUUUAGUUCAUGUGAUGCCUUCAGCCCUUUUCAGCCAUGGGAUACAAACAUUACAGCUUCAGAAAUGCAUUUUUUGUUUGUUUUUUUGUUUACACCAGUGGCCCUCACUGCUUCUUUUUUUGACACCCACAACUGUGAGAGCCACAGUUUGGGAGUGUUUGCGAUGCCUGAGACUUGUAGCCUCAAACACUAAAGGUGUGUAGGCACUCUUAGCCACCAUGACUAAGAGUGAAAUCUCUGUAUGUCUGCUGCCCCUUGUAAACAAGCUCAAGAUGCAGAUUCCUUCUCUUCUUUUAAAGCAGAAAUAAAUCUUUGAAGAAUCUCUUAAUAUUCCUUAAAAUUAGAACUUGUGAGCUAAAAUGCAAUUAUGUACAGAUUUCUGUGGCUGUUUUUCUGAUGAGGUGAGCAGCUCCUGAAAGAUGCAGGAGGGACAUUUUGUGCGUGCCUGUCCGUUAAAGUGGCCACAUGUGUUCAAACCUGCCGUGUUGAAUGUGAUACAGAAGUCCUUCUGGGUCAGACAGGUGCGCUCAUUCAGACGUCAGGCUGUGUGUGUGUUAAGAUUUAAGUGGAGGGUGUGCAUUUCUGAAAAGGGCUUCAGUCACUAAAUGCAGUUAAUUGGUUUAAUUUCUGCUUCACCUUGUAAAGAUGGUCUUGUUAAUGAACUCUGCAUGCUCCAUCUUUUUUUUUUUUUUUUUUUUUUUUUUUCUUUUUUUAUUAAAUCUACUAAGCAAUACCUGCAGUUUCAAUCUUCCUGUUCAUCACACUGUUCUCCCACAGUUUGACUUCUGUUUAAUAGGAAAAACCUCAAACUGAGGACUGUUUUAAACACCACCCAUGAACUUGUGCACUGGACAUUUGUACACAGUCCAUUUAAAACCUCCUCAUGAAAGCCCAUGAAGUCAAAGUUCAUGCAUUUAUUAAAAUGACUGCUCUUUUUGUACCGUCCUCGGCCAGCUGUCGACAAUAGCAGAAAAGUCUUUGUUCUCAAUAAUGUAGAAUGUUAAAUACAAAACAAAUAAAAUUUACUUUGAAUUAUU